CCGAUGCUAGUAACAAUGGAGGAGCGGUUAAUAGCGGCGGUGUCCGACUAUCCAGAGUUGUACAAUUCUACAUUAAAUUCAUAUAAAGACUCUGCUAGAAAAGCCAAAGCAUGGCGAGCCGUGAGCUUACAGGUUGAAAUACCAGAGGAGGACUGCCGCAGGAGAUGGAAGAGUCUGCGGGACAUGUUCAUCAAAGACAAACGUGCAGAGCAGCGCAGGCGAGCGUCAGGCACGUCCCACCGCAGCUGGAAGUACAGUUGGCAGAUGUCCUUCUUAACGCCUUUCAUUCAGUCCAGAUCGCUGGCGGCGGAUGAGCACGAGGAAGACCGAGAAGAUGAAGACAAAGAGGAGGAAAGGACGACGGACGAAAACUCGUCCUUCGUCCUGCAGGACUUUGAGGGAGAUCAUGGGAUGCUGGACGGAUCGUCUCAUUACACGGCGUCCGGCUCGCAGGGACCAGGACGCAAGCGCAAGUGGCCGAUGGAGGGGACGGAGGACUUGGAAGACGAGAUGUUUUUGUUCAGCCUGUUGCCGUACCUGAGACGGCUGCCUUACGCUAAGAAAAGCGCUGUGAAGUUAAAAAUUCACCAGCUGUUGUAUGAGGCAGAGUUCAAGUGAUGUUUAUAGUUUCUUCAUAUUUUUCUAUCUUUUAUCGAUAUUAAAAUUCUAUCCGCUGGAUUUUAUAACGUUUGUAACAGAGAUCGUAUCAAGGUUGUGAUGUUUGUUUCAUCAAUUUGCAAUGAUUAAACAGACAUGUUCACUCUGAGAAUGGCUUUUGAGUUUAUGAAGCACAAACUUAACUAUUUUGCCUUUAUAAAGUUGGACUGCAGAA